ACUGACUUGUGUCAGUGUCGCCAUCUUCUGGAAAAUAAAACACUGCAACAUUUUCCCCCGUCAUGUUUUUAUGUAGACUUGGGUAUAUGUAAAGUGUACGCUUAUGGGCUCACAGUCAGUAGUAAAAUGGAAAAAAUAAAUGUAGGCUUUAAGUUUCGGGAAGCCUCGGGCGACCUACUCUCUGAUUUUCUAAUUAAUCUAAACGAAAGAAACAAAGACAACCUCAAUAAUUUGUCAACGUGUAAUGGAGUCUUCAAAGACAAAAGAGUGGUUGAGUACGUCUUUCUGAUAACCAGAGAACUAGGACUCGACCCUCAAGUUGGAUACCAUGCUGUGGAAUUACUUCAAAGAUUCAUGGUAAAACACCUGAUGGAUUUGUCCACUGCUCACUCUGCAGCCACUAGGUCAAAAGGGUCAAAAAAGUCUAAAAAUGCAUUUGAAAAGGUCCAGAACAAAUUUCCCAUCAUCAUUUUCUCCUGUGUGCAACUUGCCAGCAAAGUGUCACUGUUCAGUAAUGUAAUCAACAACAGGAUGGCCGUGCAGUUUCUGCACUCAGUCGGCCACAGUGUUUCCACCAAGAUUCUUUUUGAAACGGAGAUGAUGAUCUUGAAAGGACUUGAAUACAGACUAAAUUUUCCUAAUCCUCUGAUCUAUGUGGAAAUACUACUGGAGGUCCUCGCACACAACAAGCCCUCCAUCCCUGUGGAGGACCUCUACGACCUUUGCCACCACAUUCUCCAGUUUGUCAGCCUCCAGAGGACUCCCAUCUUUGACACAUUGUUGAAGGCCACCACUCAGUGUGUCAGUCCCACCACGGAACAGAGAGAGGAGUUUGUGGCAGUGACCGAAGACAACAUGUUACUGGGCGUCACUGUCAUCACUGUGGCUACUUUCGUCCAAUGUGUCAAUAAAUUGAAGCAGGUUGUGGGAGAACUGAGCCUCAUCACAGGAAUCUCUAAGAAGAGCAUCAGUGAUUUCGCUCACGUGAUACUGAUGCAUAUCCUCGGAUCCACUUUCUCUGGAACAUGAGCUUGAAUUUGAAGAAGGUACACUGCACCAUGUCGUCUCCAUCAGAGGUGGAGUUUGGUCUUAGUUCUAGAUGUUAGUUCAAUGUUCAGUUGCAUUCAUUAGAAAGAUGUUUCUAAUGAAUGAAAAACAAAAGUGUACUUAAAGAGAGAAUGUUGUCAAAGUUGACAGUUGUUCUGUUUGUGAACGACUGGCGUGUGUUUACCUUAUUUUGAUUGUUCUUUAAUUCUAAUUCUUUACGGACCUUUAUAUUCUUGGUCCAUUCUGAUUUUUGACCUUUGAGCAAUUGUAAUAUCAUUAUCAUAUCAAUAUCAUUAAACACAAACACUGAA